GCACGCUCAACCGAAGGAAUUCCCUGCGGAACCGCUGUCGCCCAAGGAUGCCUCUUCUUCAAUGGAUGGUGUGGCUGAACACUCGAAGCUGGCCACAUCCUUGCCGGAAACCUCGCAGUCCACUGGAAUCGAGACUGAGACGACUGGAGUAUCGCCUACAGAAGCUCCUACUACUGCUUCUGCUACUAGUGUUGGAACGUCAGAAACUUCUGCGGUUUCAGAGACUCUGGAGUCUUUUGAAGGAACUUCAGCCCCGUUUCCUUAUCCGGAGAAGUCUUCCGAGUCAACCGCUGUAUCCGUUGAAAGCACUGAACUCAUAGCAACGACGACAAGCAGCAGCAGCAUCGGUAGCUCUAGAUUCGAUGAAGCUGAGUCGUUUGGGUUUAGCACUACGGAAACUACCAUGACGGGAACCUCAGAGAGACGUGAAUCUUUAGAAUCGUCCACACUUUUAAGUCAGUUACCUGAAGAGCCAACUGAGGUUGUCGUUACGAUACCCUUUGAAACCACCGAACCAACUACCUUGCUAGAGACGUCUGGCUUCUCGUCCUCCUCCUUGUCUACUGAAACUCCAGCAGGAAGUUCGGAACCCGCGGCAACUCCGCUGUCCGAGUCAGCCACCACUGAGGAAUCCCCACAACCAACCAUACCAUUCGAAACCACU